AUCCCACCAACAAAUACUUCCCCAACCAAACUCCAACCCUCAUCUUCGUCAUCAUCAUCUUCUUCUUCCUCUUGACCUGAUCUGUUCUUUUUGUAAUUAGCAAACAUGCCUCCAAGUUUGCCGGACUUUUCCAACUCAGUCAAGCUCAAGUAUGUCAAGCUUGGAUACCAAUACCUUGUCAACCAUAUUCUGACACUCACGCUCUUGCCCAUCAUGGCUGCUAUCUUUGUUGAGGUUCUCCGCAUGGGCCCUGAGGAAAUCUUGAAUCUAUGGAGGUCGCUCCAGUUCGACGUUGUUCAAAUUCUUUGCUGCUCUUUUCUCAUCAUCUUCAUCGCAACCUUCUACUUCAUGUCAAAGCCGCGCAGCAUCUUUCUCGUGGAUUACGCCUGCUUCAAGCCGCCGCUUACGUGCAGGGUUCCUUUUGCUACGUUCAUGGAGCAUUCGAGGCUUAUUCUCAAGGACAAACCCAAGAGCGUUGAGUUUCAAAUGAGAAUCCUUGAGCGGUCUGGUUUGGGUGAAGAGACGUGUUUGCCUCCUGCAAUUCAUUAUAUCCCUCCGACCCCAAACAUGGAGGCCGCGAGAGGAGAGGCUGAGCUUGUUAUAUUUUCGGCCAUGGAUUCUUUGUUCGAGAAAACAGGGCUCAAGCCUAAAGAUAUCGAUAUUCUCAUCGUGAAUUGUAGUCUGUUCUCUCCUACACCCUCGUUGUCGGCCAUGGUGAUCAACAAGUACAAGCUCAGAAGCAACACCAAGAGCUUUAACCUCUCUGGGAUGGGAUGCAGUGCGGGGCUUAUCUCCAUUGAUUUAGCUCGUGAUCUUCUUCAGGUUCAUCCCAAUUCGAAUGCUGUUAUUGUGAGCACAGAGAUCAUUACUCCCAACUAUUAUCAAGGAAAUGAGAGGGCUAUGCUUCUUCCCAACUGCCUUUUCCGAAUGGGUGGAGCUGCAAUUCUGCUAACAAAUCGGAGGUCGGAACGACGGCAAGCCAAGUACCGGUUAGUUCACGUCGUUCGAACGCAUAAAGGAGCUGACGAUAAAGCCUAUCGCUGUGUUUUCGAGGAAGAAGACAAAGAAGGAAACGUCGGGAUUUCUCUUUCCAAAGAUCUCAUGGCCAUUGCCGGCGAGGCCUUGAAAUCAAACAUCACAACCAUCGGGCCACUCGUCCUUCCGGCUUCCGAGCAACUCCUCUUCCUUCUCACCCUCAUUGGCAGGAAAAUCUUCAACCCCAAAUGGAAGCCCUACAUCCCCGACUUCAGGCAAGCCUUCGAGCACUUCUGCAUCCACGCCGGCGGCCGAGCAGUGAUUGAUGAAUUGCAGAAGAAUCUUCAGCUCUCUGCAGAGCACGUUGAGGCCUCGAGAAUGACACUCCACCGGUUCGGGAACACGUCGUCGUCGUCGCUAUGGUACGAGCUGAGCUAUAUAGAGGCAAAGGGGAGGAUGAAGAAAGGGGAUAGGGUUUGGCAGAUUGCGUUCGGAAGUGGGUUCAAGUGCAACAGUGCAGUGUGGAAGUGCAACAGAACCAUCAAAACCGCCAUAGAUGGACAGGGACCUUGGGCAGAUUGCAUUGAUCGAUACCCAGUUCAUAUUCCGGAGGUUGUGAAGCUCUAGAGGCGCUCUACGGAUUGCUUCUGAUUCGUGAUGGUGCUGUGCUUCUUUGAUUCAAGUCAUUUUGCUUGCUUUUAACAGUCUGCUGGGUUGUGGCAUUUACAGUACUGUUUCCACCAUUGCUGCUUGUUUCUAAUCUGCCACCUUCCCUUCUCCUUCUCCCUCUCACCUUUUGUUUUUACUUUCUAUCUUUAUUUUUUCUAAAUGUAUAUUUCUUGCCUAGUAGCAUAGAUACCCAAUGCCUUUGAUUUGGAGUAAAAAGAAAUGAAAAAUCAAUGUCUUAGAUAUUGUAAGGAAAAGGAAAAUACAUGGAAAAUAUUAUUAACGUUCGGGUUUGAUACAAAUUGAGGGUUUGUGGGUCUUGUAAUAAAGCAUCAAUUGGUGGGAAAUGCUGCAAUUGAUUUAUAAACAUGUUUAUGACUAA